UAUACGUCUCUAUUAUACAGAUUAAAAUGUAACAAAAUACCUCUUGCAUUUAUAAGUGCGUUAAAAACUCAUUAUCAUGAGUUUUUAACGUUCACCCGAUACUAGAGACGCGCUCAUAUUUAAAUACUUCCUACGCAUUAACUAGGAUGGCGUCUGUGGUGUUGCGGCAAUUUCGAAGGGAAUAGUGAGUUUUGAAAAUUUUGACAACGACCUCGAGAAUGGCAGAUAAUCAACAAAGUAGAUUUGAAAAGUCUCUUGGUUUGUUAACAACUCGGUUUGUUACGUUAUUGCAAAAGGCGAAGGAUGGCGUUCUCGAUUUAAAAGUAGCAGCUGAUAUCUUAGAAGUUCGACAAAAAAGGCGAAUUUAUGAUAUAACUAAUGUCCUUGAAGGUAUUGGACUGAUUGAAAAGAAAAGCAAAAAUAGUAUCCAAUGGAAAGGAGCAGGGCCAGGUUGUAACACUCAAGAAGUCGGUGAAAAAUUAACUGACUUGAAAGAUGAAAUAGGACAAUUAGAGGACCACGAAGACCUUUUAGAUAUGCAUACCCAGUGGAUUAAACAAAGUAUAAAGAACAUACAAAAUGAUUUAAUUAAUAAAAAAUAUGCAUACAUCACUUAUGAGGAUGUUAAAGAAAAUUUUCCUGAUGGAUUUGUAUUAGGAAUUCAAGCUCCUCCUGAUACAGAAUUAAGCGUACCAAAUGUGACACCGAAUUCGGAGGAGGAUGUCAAGGAAAUGAAUUAUGAAAUGUUUUUGAAAAGUAGUUCAGGAGAAAUCAAAGUAUACAUGAUUCAGCCAGAACUAGCUAAAACAUACGAUAGUAAAAUAUUAGAGUUAAGAUUACAAGAAGAGGCAAAGGGUAUAAAGAGAGUUAAAGAAGAAGAAGAGAAAAAAGAGGAAAUUAAUGUCAAGCCAAAGAGGAGAGUUGGAAGACCUCCAAAAGGAGCUAAUAAGCCUGAGCGUAUUAUAUCAGACGAAGAUGAAGAAGAGGAUGCAGAUUUAAUAGAAGCAAAAAUAGUACUUCGAGAUGUUAGCACAUCAGAUAUUGAUCAAAAAGAUGUAGAGUUACUUGACGAAAUGUGUUCCGACAUUUAUGGACCAUUAGUAAGAUUAAGUCCACCUCCAAAUGAGAAAGAUUAUCACUUUAAUCUUAGCGAAAAUGAAGGUGUUUGCGACUUGUUCGAUAUUACAGCAAAGUGAAUAGGACAUUGUAUAGUUCAAAUUUUAAGUGGUUCAUGAUUCAGAUUGUGCCAAUAAUAUUUAAGAUUCCAGGAGUUUGUUGACAAUUUCUGAAGGCUGUUCUGUGUAUAUAAUUUUAAAGAAUGGAUAUGGAUAAUGGUCACUGAA